AACGCAAAGAAAUCGACGCUGAAUUCGCGGUAAUACUAAAAUAGUUGGCCCAGUUUUGACUGUUCGGACGCAUUGUUUCUGGGAUUUUAUUUUUAACUGGAUUCCAGCGAUGGCCCAAUGUGCCGAUAUCAACAAAAACAAGACCCUCGUCUAGCCGCCCACCAAAAUGCAAAUUUUGUGGCAGAUGUACCCGGUAUUAGUCCUCCAGCUCGUGACAGAAGGCAGCGCGGCCUGCUCCGAAUUCUGUGCAUGCAGGUGGAAGAACGGAAAACAAACGGUAGAGUGCGAAAACAAAAAUCUAUCGGAAAUACCAGAAGGCCUUGACCCGGAAACACAAGUGCUUGACUUUUCUGGAAACAGACUUAACAAGCUCGGAAAGGAGCUGUUCCUGAAGAAGCAGCUAGUAAACCUUCAAAGAGUGUAUUUAUCGAACUGCCGCAUCAAGAGCGUCCACCGCGAUACUUUCAAAGGACUCACCAACCUGGUGGAGCUAGAUUUAUCCGAUAACAUCCUAGAGACGGUGCCCAGUGGGUCUUUUCUAGGCUGUCCCUCGCUGAUGAAGCUGCUGCUCAACUCAAACCCCAUACCUUCUCUGAAGAAGGCCUCUUUCGAGUAUCUAGGCCAGCUCAACAAUCUUGAACUUAGCAAUUGUAAGCUCACGGAAGUAGAAGAAGGUGCUUUUCAAGGCUUGCAUAGCCUGGAGUGGCUGUACCUCGCUAACAAUCAAUUGAAGACCAUACCUGGACGUAGAACCAUCCCAGACUACAUCAAAGGCGUAGACCUCGAGAAGAACCCUUGGGAGUGUGACUGUCACUUGACAGAUUUAGCUGCGUGGCUAAGAAGCUUCAAAAGCCUACAAGCUGUGGACCCAGUUUGCUCCGGACCUCCACGGCUAGCUAGGCAGCCCAUCAAGUCUAUAGCUCCCUCAGAUUUAGCGUGUCUCCCCUCAGUGUCGCCAACUUCCUUCUACCUAGAGCUGGGAGAAGGAAAAAACGUGUCUCUGCUCUGUCACGUCCAUGCUGUACCUGAAGCCAGUGUUUCCUGGUGGAUGGACGGAGAAAUGCUACGGAACGACACCAUGGUGGCACCUGGAGUUCACUUGAUCUACUACGUGGAAGAGGGCUCUGAAAACAAACGCAGCGAGCUGUUCAUCUACAACGCCAACUCUGAUGACAAUGGAACCUUCGUUUGCAAUGCUGACAACCCCGCUGGAACUGCUCAGGCGAACUUCACCAUCCGGAUCGUCCUGAAAGAAAACCCAAUCGUGAUUAUCGUGUCUUUUCCCUUGGAGUAUGUUUUGUGUGCUGUCGUUGGCCUUUCGGUUCUUGGACUCCUCGUACUGGUUGGGGUGACGGUUAUGAUUGUGAAGUGUCGUAGAAGGGAUAGCAGAAGAAGAAAGUUGGAGAAGACUGAAGAGAUGGUUAUACAGUAUCAGCAUAAUGGAGGAAAGCUGGGGGAGGGUGUCAAAAGCCUGUCGGAUUCGUUGAAGAUACAUUCCAGAUCCCCCUCUUGGGAGUCACCUAAAAUGAUUUCUGUUAAAAAGACAGUAAAUAUCUGGUGCAGAAGAGAGGGAGAUGGCGAAGACCACAGAAACCAGGAAGUUUACAAAGGGGAAUUCGUGAAAGCCGUACAAUUUCCCAUAGCGCGUUUGAGGGAAAGCACGGAGAUCCUUGACGGCGGAAGAUGCAUUGUGGACCCUGAGGGAUACCCCAUCGACUUCGGCCUUCCGAAAGUCCCCUGCCGAACACAAAUGUGCGAAGGAUAUUACAGGACUCUGCCUUCAAAUCGGAUGAAGAGACAUUCCGCAGCAAAUCCUUUCAGAAGGAUCUCCAGAGAGGCGGAAUUCCUU